AUGAUGGAAUCGACGAGAGAGAGCGCAUUCUCUAAUACAGAAUGCCGCGUGGGCUUCCAAGCUGGAACAAUAAUCAACCAUGGACAAAUAACCACCGUAGAUAACCAAUAUUCGUCAGAAAAGUUGAAAUCAAGGAAACACUCGGUUCUGCAGAGGCUUUACAAGACAUCUUACCAAGAACACAAAGACCGAAAUCCCGAUCGUGUCCCGGGGACAUGUGAAUGGUUUGUAACCCACCCGCGGUUUCAAGAAUGGCAAGAAAGCAAGUCAAAGUCGCUUUGGGUAUCAGCAGACCCUGGUUGUGGAAAGUCCGUUCUUGCUAAAUAUCUGAUCGACUCCGUUCUUACGAACAAUAAAUCUCGAACAACCUGUUAUUUCUUCUUCAAGGACGACAUCGAGGACCAGAAGAGUGUCACAAAUGCGAUAUGUUGUAUUUUGCACCAACUCUUCAGUGUAAGAAGGGAGCUGCUUUCCGAAAAAAUUCUUGAACAGUUUGAAAUUCGCGGAGACAAUUUCAUUAAUUCGUUUACGGCACUAUGGGGGACUCUACUCAGCGUUGCACGGGCCAGUAAUCCGAGUAUUCCAUCUAAUGAAAGCGAGUCGAAACAUAACGAAAUUGUGUGUCUUCUCGAUGCGAUCGAUGAAUGCGAAGGUAGCGGGAGGAUCCAACUUGUCAAAGAACUAAGCAAACUAGAUGGUCCCAGGGGCCUGGCCCCCAAUUUGAAGUUUCUCUUAAUUAGUCGACCCUAUAGCGAGAUCCGACACGGCCUUAUAGGAUCCCGUCAACCCAGGGUUAUUCACUUGAGCGGAGAGAGUGAAGAAGAGUCGGAAAAGAUUUCUCGAGAAAUCGAUAUAUAUAUUAAAGCCAGAGUCGAGGAUAUCAGCACACAGCACCAAUUGGAAUCCGAAGAUGAAGAGCUACUAUUAAAAAACCUUAUGAGCAUUCCUAACAGGACGUACUUGUGGGUAUACCUCACUCUUGAUUUAAUCGAGACCGAUAUUUACACCGACAAUAUUGGGAUAUCCGAAGCCAUCACCCGAGUAUCAAGAACAGUUAAUGAGGCAUACGAGAGGAUUUUGAACAAAAGCCACAAUUUCGAAAAGGCUAAGAAAUUGUUACAAAUAGUGGUUGCAGCGGUCCGACCCUUAUCCCUAACGGAGAUGUGCAUGGCGUUGGCCCUCAAAAAUGAUCACCAAUCCUGCAGCGACCUUCGCAUUGAACCGGAGGCCCGGUUUCGGGACCAUAUUCGGGACCUUUGCGGAUUUUUGAUCGUAAUCAAAGAUUCGAGGAUAUACCUGCUUCACCAAACUGUAAAGGAAUUUUUAGUACAAAAUCACGGAGUACCAGCACAGUCCGUGCAAGCUAGCCUGGCGAGCUCGAGCCCGGCGUACAAAGACAUAUCGAAUCCUACCAACGGCAAUCCUGGGCCCGGACGACAGUACUCAUUCAAGUUGCAGGAUUCUCACCUAUUACUUACGAAGAUCUGUAUCCAGUACCUGCUCUUCAAAGAUUUCGAAGACCACCCCCUCGAAGGAGAUGAUAUGCUAGAUGAGUACGUCAAGAAAAACGGAUUUCUUGACUACUCGGCCAAACACUGGACGGCUCACUUCCACGAAUCAAGGACUAUUCUCGACCAAACAGCGCCCGGAUUUAGGGCCAAUAGAUCAGAGACGGAAUCUGUUUUAAAACUAUGCGAUGCAAGUUCCAAGCGUUGCCCGACUUGGUUCCGAGUUUAUUGGACAACCGUAACCGACCGCUUUCCAGGAAAAUUUACCACCAUGAUGAUCGUAUCAUAUUUCGGGCUUACAGCAGCUAUCAUACAUUUGCUCGAAACCGACACCGACCAAGACAUCAACCUCGAUUCCAAGGACGACACAUAUCAACGAUCGGCAUUAUCCUGGGCAGCUGGAAACGGGUUCGACUACGUUGUCGAGCUAUUGUUAGGGGGUAUUGGUGGCCGCUGGAGAAAUAUUUCAGUACCAUUCAGGACCGGGGCAGCAGUAGACUCUCAAGAUCUAUACGGUCGGACACCUUUGGUGUAUGCUAUUUGGAACCGGCAUGCAGCAGUUGUCAACAUACUUCUUAAGGGAAGGGCCGGCAUCGCCGCUGAAGACAGUGUUAAGGGAACACCACUGGUCUACGCCUUCUGCUGUGGAAACCGUGAUAUAGAGGAGCUGGUUUCCAAAAGGGGCGCCAAAGUCGACUUGCACUCGGACCGGAAUGGACUAACGGCAAUGCUUUUCUCUGCUACGUCAAAGGGACAAGAACCGGUUCUUGAGUUCCUCCUUAAGACAGAUAAAGUUGAUCCUGAUAGCAGAGAUGAGAGCGAGCGAACGCCAUUGUCAUACGCGGCAGAAUGGGGACGGGAAGGUAUUGUUGAGAAGCUGCUUGAAACAGGCAAAGUUAACCCUAAUCUCAGAGAUAAAAGUGGAACUACGCCGCUAUUAUAUGCGGCAGCACGGGGGCAGGAAGGUACUGUUAAGAUUCUGCUUGAAAGAGGAAAAGUUGAUCCAGACUUAGGAGAUGGGAAAGGGCGAACGCCAUUGUCAUACAUAGCAGAAUGGGGACGAGAAGGUAUUGUUGAGAGGCUGCUUGAAACAGGCAAAGUUAACCCUAAUCUCAGAGAUAAAAGUGGAACCACGCCGCUAUUAUAUGCGGCAGCACGGGGGCAGGAAGGUACUGUUAAGAUUCUGCUUGAAAGAGGAAAAGUUGAUCCAGACUUAGGAGAUGGGAAAGGGCGAACGCCAUUGUCAUACAUAGCAGGAUGGGGACAAGAAGGUAACGUUAAGCUUCUGAUCGAAACAGACAAAGUAAACCUUGAUGAAAGAGAUAUUAAAGGACGGACACCGCUAUCUUAUGCAGCUGAAAGUGGUUCUGCACCCACCGUUAAGUUGUUACUUGAAACGGGCAAAGUCGACCCUGACUCUCGUGCUUAUGAAGAAUUCGAAUCGAAGGGAUGCACACCGCUACUAUUCGCAGCACGGAAGGGUCAUGAGGCUGUUGUUCGGCUGCUAUACCCUCAAACAGACAGAGUUAAGCUCGAGCAUCACAACGAACAUUAUAACAAGGGCAAGGCCCUAUUAGCUGCGAUGGAAUACGGACAGGAGAUGAUCGUUCAAAUAUUGAUCGAGGAGGCAAAAGUCGAUCCUCUUUUUUCGGAUGAGUUUGGCCAUGGUCCGCUAUUGAGAGCAAUAAAGGCGGACAGCGAAAAUAUGGUUCAAUUAAUAUUGAAUACUGGCAAGAUCGAUAUAGAUCAAAAGCUUCACGAGAGGAGUACACCAAUUUCACUCGCUAUAAAAUAUGGGAGUAUGAACGCUGUGCGGGCUUUGCUCAAAGCAGGAGCGGACCCAAAUAUAACGAUCAACCCAAUCCCCCUAUUACAAGCAGCUCUCGAGGGAAAUCCUGAAAUGGUGAGGCUGCUCCUCGAAAACGGUGCCCUACCAGACUCGAAAGAUUAUAGAGGGAGGGAUGCAACAAGAUAUAUGCACCUUAGUGAUGCAAAAGGCACACCUGAAAAUAUCCGAUUGAUUCGCGAGCUGCUUGAUUCAUAUAGUCAACGGGUCCAGCGCAAGUCUGGCCGAUGA